CGCGGUCAUUAAUAUUCACAUUGAAUCGUUUGAGUCCAAGCCUCAAACUAACGUCGACGCCAUGGCCAAGUCCAAAAACCACACCAACCACAACCAGAACCGCAAGGCACACCGCAAUGGUAUCAGGAGACCACAAACUAACCGGUCUCGGUCGCUGAGGGGGGUUGACUCCAAGUUCCGCAAGAACUCGCUCUACGCUCUCAAUGGAUCGCGGAAAGCACGGGCUGAGCAAAAGGCUGCAUCAUGAUUCAGUUGCGAGCAAGUUUCCAGUACGCUUUCACCUCUGGUAUCCAGGGACAUGUCACACACUUGGCACGUCGUGUAUUACCUGCCAUGACUACUACAUAUGGCUUAGGUUAUCCAAAUAUCAUAUCACAUACAUCGCAUUAUUGUGAGUUAUGUCUGUGAACUGGCCGUAUAUCGCCGAUUCGCCUGGAGGCUACCAUUCCGAUCAAGAGUUACUAAUAGCUUCGCAGCCUGUGAGAUGAAGAAAUACAUAUAUUGAUGCAUAUUCAGGCCUAGCAGGCAUGAGGCCUGAGGGCGCGCUUUCCAUGUUAUGCGCCAAAUUUAAGAGCUUAGAGUUGUAUUUAUAGUUGUUUUUGCAUAUGUAAUGCGAUG